AUGAAGUAUUGGGCCAUUAUCAACCUGGUUUCGGCCGUAAUAUUGGUGCCCGGCCUGCAAGGGGCCCAUUUUCGGCUCACCAACGUCGACUGCAACAGCCUGGAUACACAGUUUGCGGAGGUUAAGGAGUGCUUCCUGAAGAUGGUGCGGCGAAAUGUCGUGGGCUUGAACUUCCAUGUGGCCAUUAAGUACGACCAGCCCAUUAAUAAAAUCCAGUUCAACCUGAGCAUCUUUCGAAAGUCGAAUGUGUACCGUCUGUUUCUGGUGAAUCACACCAUUGACUUCUGCUAUUAUAUGCGCAGACCAGAGCAGUACCCGAUUUUCUUUAUGUUUCACGAGUCCUUGAUGGCCGCCACCAAUGCCAAUCACACCUGUCCCUAUGCAGAGAAGGAUAUUUAUGUGCGACAAAUGACAUUGAACGACAGGACGGUGAGAGACCUUCUGUCCUAUCUCCCUGAGGGCGAAUACAAGCUGGUCGUAUCUGUGGGUGCCUUUGGAGUCUGGCGGUUGCGGGUCAACGUCUACGGACGGCGUGAUUAA